GGUGCCGCGGCCACCUUGAGAGAACCACCUGAGUCGAGUCGAGGACAACAGCGAACCACCAGUCAGUGCUCGUACCGAUCGUAACCAUGCACCACGGGUGCUAGUGUACACACAUACAUACGAUUCGAUUUCGACUGCAUUAUUUAUUUAUUUCUAAUUUUUUUUAUUAAUUUGUGAGGAUUUGUGCGAGUGGUUAUUUAGUGAGUGUUAUGGCAGUGGUGAGGGUGGCCGCUUGUCUCGCGGCUCUGUCCCUCUGGACGACCACGGACGCCCAUGUGGCCCUUACGUUCCCGCCGGCCAGGAAGUACGACCUGGACUUUUUGGACAACUCGAGGACUAAAGCUCCUUGCGGAAUGCCCAAAGGAAAUAUCAAAACUUCUUUAUUAAUGGGCAGCAAAUUCAACGUCUCAUGGCAUUUAGGAUAUCCACACAGAGGUGGAUUUAAAAUCCAAGUGUUGGAUGAACUAGAACGACCCGUACUCGAUUUGACCCCAAGGAUACAAGGAUCUGAAUUCAUUUCAAAUGAUGCCACUGCACAAUCGUAUCAAGUGCAAUUACCGACUGACUUCACUUGCACAAACUGCACCUUGAGGCUCAUCAGACAGGCUCUCGAAUGGAGUGGAAACUACAACUUCUGGUCUUGCGCCGAUAUAGAUAUCAAAGCCAGGAAGGAAUUUCGUGAAACGUGCAGCGGACAUGGUAGAUAUCUUGUAGGAAAAUGUAAAUGUGACAGACUUUACUACGGCAACCAUUGCCAGUAUAGAGACGAGUGUUUCGAGGAUACCGACUGCGGUGAUCACGGAAAAUGUAUCGAUGUUGGAGCCACAACCGCCCCCAGACAACAAUGUUACUGUCAGUUGGGCUGGUUCGGACCAGGUUGCAUCAAACGAUCACCUGUAAAAACCACAGAAAUUGAUUUUGCUUUAUACACUGAGAAGAAGUUGAGCAACACCUUCCGUCUGUAUUGGCGUAUUCUCAAAGAGCACAAGGAACUGGAAGCUGUGAUGGUCGUAAACGGUACGAGCUACGCGGCUUUAGGAUGGAGACCUAGGUCUUUGACAAAGACUUGUAAAAAUUUCCCUCUCAUUGGACCGUCUGCGUCAAUUUCUUCGCCUGAUGGCAAAGCUGAACCUGAACCGAAAAGCGAACCCAAAAGCGAACCCGAACCAGACUCUGAACCUGAACCGAGCACAGAGCCCGAACCCAGUUCGGAACCAGAACCUAAAUCUGAGCCAGAACCAACUUCAGAACCAAAAAGUGAACCUGAACCUAGUUCUGAACCUGAACCCCAAACGGAGCCAGAACCAUCAACUCCAGAACCAACAACUACGCCCAAAAAUAAAAAAUCUCUGUAUGCGAGAAGAUCAGCUGCGCCAGCGCCAGCACCAGUGGUUCACACUGGACAUUUGAACGCUGACAUUGUAGAAACGAGUGUUUCAUCAUCAGUUAGUACCAGCAAAGGAAGAAAGAAGAGAGAAUCUGGAGAACCCGUAGCGGAACCCACCUCCGAACCAGAACCAAAUCAAGACAGUAGCGAAGCGAAGCCCGAACCGACUGCUGAACCUACCUCAGAACCUGAACCCUCUUCCGUCCCUGAACCCGAACCGAAAUCUGAACCUGAACCCGAACCGAAAUCUGAACCUGAACCCGAACCGAAAUCUGAGCCUGAACCCUCUUCCGAACCGGAACCGAAGUCAGAACCUGAACCUACCACCGAACCGGAACCACAGACAGAACCGGAACCGACGUCAGAACCUACAACUGUACCUGAACCCACAUCAGAACCCAAAUCUGAACCUGAACCAACGUCCGAACCUAAAUCCGAACCCGAACCCAAAUCUGAACCUAAAUCCGAACCGGAACCGGCUGCGGAACCCACAGCGGCACCCGCAAAAUCCCAUUCCAAGCUUGAGGUUGCACCCGGCAACGAAAAAGAAUAUUUAAAUCCGUACACUCCCCGCUAUGAUUUCAACCCCAUGGACUGCACCGACAUCGUUAUUGGAUCCGCUAGAGGUACAGCCAGUCGCAUUGCUGAUUAUUACACUCGUGAUCGUUCCACCCCACGUAUGGACAACUUCUGGGGAGGAAAGAAUGAUAUUACCGCCGCGAUGGGCUUCGAAAAGGACGGUGUCACUACCAUCUUGUUUAGGAAAAAGCUUCACGCCAAUGAACCGUCCGAUCACAGUAUCGAAGAAGAUUUGAUGCAUGUGAUAUUCGCUCAGGGUCAAGAACAGGGUAAAUAUGUUCACGUACCCAAGUCAGGUGUUGAGACCGCACAGGCAUCAGUAAAAGAUUUUUAUAAGCCUGAUGAGUUAAAGUAUCAUGGACACGGAGCCCAACGUGGCGUCACCACUUUGAAUUUCUUCGAAGAGAAAAAAAUGGUGGUACCUGUUGGAGCUGUAGCUACUACAACUGAAAACACUGAAUGUGGAGGAGAAUGGAAAGUACCUAGAGAUUGUAACGCUGAAAACAACACUUGCGAAUAUUCCGCCAAAUGGGAACUGAUCCCCAGGAAGGACGAAAUCCGAUUCACCAUUACCACCAGCAAUAUUGAUACUUGGACCGGCAUUGCAUUCUCUGAUGACGAAAAAAUGUCUCAAACGGACGCUAUUCUUGGAUGGGUUGACAAAACAGGACGUCCGUUCCUCAUGGAUACGUGGAUUAGUGGAUACACUCAACCUUUGUUGGAUUCAUCGCAGAACAUUUUCAACAUGUCAGGAAAAGUUGUGAACGGAGUUACAACUCUUUCAUUUGUCAGAAAACGUAUAUCGUCUGAUCCAAAAGACUUGUCUUUCACCAACGACAAAUGCUUGUUUAUGAUGUUCCCAGUUAAAGGCGGAGCUUUUAACAGCGUUAACAAGAAGAUCAGAAAACACGAAAUCACACCUACUCUGUCUACUGAAAGAAUAUGCAUCAGAUCCUGUGGAAAUGAAGAUGAAUUGGAAUAUAUGACAACAACUGAAUCCCCAGCUCUGGGUUACAACGUAGAAGUGAAACUCAUCGACUUGGGAGAAAACUUUGUGGUACCACAGCAAGGCUCAGCUCAAUAUGACGACCUGAGCAAUCAAAUUCAAGACAAUUUCAAACCUGUAUUUAAUAAAUUACCAGGUUACAGGAGACUAACUGUCGAAGAAUUAAGAGAAGUGGACAAUAACAUCGUGGCAGUCAUGAAUCUGCAGCUGGACAAAGCAAUGGCCGAAAAGGGCAGAUCUUUGUCUGAUGACACAGAUUCAAACGACGAGCAAGUCCACAAACUGUUACAGGAAAGUGUCGGCUCUGGAAGAGUUGGAAAUUUAAAAGUUGAUCCCCAAUACUUGGUCUUCGAACCUCAAAGUUUGACAUCAAACAUUAUAUCGGACGCAUCCGAGGAGCAGAACAGCUUCUUCAAUCUAAGUGAGGCGAAGCUGUACAUUGUACUAGGUUGCAUAGCUGCGCUGGUGCUAGUCGCGAUCGUCCAAGCUAGUUGCACUAUCUACAAGGCCGCAAGCAGCAAAUCCUCUAAUCACAAGGACCACCUGAUACCGAACUCAGCAUGGAAAGACUACUCAGCGAACACGAACUACGCCUUCGAUGCCUUCGAGGCUGAAGAAAAGAAGCAGAUGAACGGCAAGAACCGUAGUGAAACGUUGCCCAGCAAAAACCAUCACGGCAGACCACAGAGACCUCAAGGGCGGCCUCCCAGCGUGCCAAAUCAGGCACCAGGCUACAUGGGCGACACGAGAUCAUUGCAAAGACCCAGAGGAGCGUACCCGCCCGGCAAUCUGGAAAGGAGCACCUUCUCCCUGCCUAGGACAGCCUACGACAGGAGCAGGCCCAACCAAGACAUGCAACCGGAUUUCUAUUUCAUGCCGUCGCAGAGAAAAUAUUCCGGGGAGGUCGUGAGGGUGUAUGUUGACUAUAACAAUCAACCCAAGUGAUGUAAUGGCAGUUUCGCGGCACGUGUUAUACAAUCUGUACCUUUUUUGUAGAUAAAUCCGUGUAACUGUGUGGCAACGAAAAAUAAUCAUUUGUAGAGACUCCAAUCACAAUACAGUUAGUACCUAGAAUAUCUGGCUGAAAGUGUAUGAUUGAUUUUUUUUUUUUUGAAUUGUACACUUUCAACGUAUUUUUCCCUUAAGACUGAAUCAAAGGUCAGAAAAUAUUAAUAUAGCGUUUUAAUCGAUACUAAUUUUCUACGUGUGAUUAUUUUUUAUUAUUUGUAAACAACGACGUGUAUACGUAACAAGAUAAUAAAUUAGACAUCUAUUGAAAUCUACGCUAUUAUUUAUUUCUGUAUAUAUGGCUUCUCUUGCUAUUAAUAAAAAGAACAACCUAGGAGCUAUAUGUAUAAAAUAAUUUAAAAAAAUAUUAACAUAGUUGUAAUGUUUCUGAUUAUCUUUCACAUGCAAAACUUGGUGGUGUGUCCAACGUGCAAUUUAUAGAGGUACAAAAUAUUUCAUAUUGGAUGAACAAUUUCAUAUUGGAACAAGUGGGCGCAACAUUUAAAAUGAAAUUUUUCGAACCUUUAUGUGUACUAUCAACCAAAGUUGUUACUAAAAAUGAAAUAUCUAAAAAUAUAUGUUUCAAUUGUAUGUAACGAAUUUCAAAUAUUUUCUGUUAAUUUUAGAUAUUUCCUUUAUUGUAACUUUAUAUACUAAGUCAGAAAUUAACAUAUAAAGUAAGUAGUUUUUUUGUAAUUAACGACGGACGCACUAGAUUACUUGAAAAUAAAUAGGUAUAUGUAUUUGUAAAAAAGUAAAAUAUCAAAUGUGUUUAUGUAUAUAGUUCAAAAUUUUAUUUAUAACAAUAUGUUUAUGAAUUGUAAAUGAACAAAUAGGGUAGAGUUUUUGAUGAUUAAUAUUAUAUAUUGUUUUCUGUAAAACUGUUAUUAUAUUAUAAUUGAAAUAAAAGUACUAAAUUUUA